AUGUUCCGUUCUAUUUUCCCAUUUUCCCAAUUCAAUGCAAUGCAAUCCAAAUCUUUUGAUGCUAUCUACAACAAGAACGACAACUGUGUGAUUUCCAGCCCUACAGGCUCGGGAAAAACAGUUUUGUUCGAAAUAGCCAUCAUAAAAUUGUUGGAAGCUCGCUCUAAUCAGUCGGAUGAUUCCUUACUAAAUGCGAAGAUCCUUUAUAUGGCACCAACAAAAGCAUUGUGUAAUGAACGGUAUGCUGACUGGUGCUCAAAAUUUCAGCCGUUAAAUUGCGCCGUGGGAAUACUCACAGGCGAUUCACCUUUUGUUGAACUAGAUUCAAUUCGAAAGUCUGACUUAAUUAUCUGCACUCCAGAGAAAUGGGAUGUGUUAACUCGUCGCUGGGCAGAUUAUAGCAAGCUCUUGAAUUUGGUUAAGCUUUUACUUGUUGAUGAAAUUCACAUUUUGCGUGAGAAACGUGGUACAAGUUUAGAGGUAGUGAUCACCAGAAUGAUGAGUAUGCCUUUGAGUUUGAGGAUAAUCGCUUUGAGUGCAACCGUGCCUAACAUCAACGAUGUAGCAAAUUGGUUAGGGAAAUCUCACGAUAGUGAGAAAUCGACUACAGCAACCACUUUGGUGUAUGAUGACACUUACCGUGCUGUAUCGUUGGGAAAGACUGUCUACGGAUAUCAAACCAUGGGGACUUCUAAUCCAUUCAAAUUUGAAGGUUUUUUAAAUGGAAAGUUACCCGAGGUAAUAAGACUACAUUCUAAAGGUAAGCCAACCUUGAUUUUCUGUUCCACCAGAAACAGUACCGUCACCACUGCAAAAGCAUUGCUUCAAGGUCUAAAUAAUCCUAAUACUAGGUUACGAAACAUCCCAAGUGGAGUAAGUAGAGACUUAUUGGAUCUAGCUCAGCAGGGGGUUGCUUAUCAUCAUGCAGGCCUAAGUUGGAAUGAAAGGAAGUUUGUUGAGGAAAACUUUAUCAUUGGAAGUAUCAAAAUAUUGUGCUCAACUUCAACUCUUGCAGUGGGAGUCAAUUUACCAGCUUACCUUGUGAUCAUCAAGGGAACCAAAGCUUGGAACAACAAUUCAUUAGAAGAAUACAAUGAAUUAGAUUUAUUGCAGAUGAUGGGGCGUGCAGGACGACCACAGUUUGAAACGAAAGGGGUUUGUGUUAUUAUGACCGAUGCUUUUAACAAAGAAAGGUACAUCAGGUUGGCGAAAGGAACGGAGAAUUUGGAAAGCUCGUUACAUUUGAAUCUCCACGAGAAUAUCACAGCUGAAAUUACAUUGAAAACCAUCAACACAUUGGGAACAGCAUUUACUUGGUUAAAGUCUACUUUUUUUUAUCAGUGUUAUUUACACAAUCCUGCUGCAUACCCAACUGUGUUCAAAAAAUUCAAUUCACGCCUUACACCUGAAGCUCAAUUGAAGAUUUUUUUGAAACGUAUUUUGAGUGAGCUUGAAAAAGAACAAAUGAUUGAGAUUGCUGAUGGUGAGCUGAAUUCAACAUCGUAUGGAAUUGCUAUGAGCAAGAGUUAUGUUCUAUAUGAGACGAUGAAACAGUUCAUCAAAUACGGAGAAAAGCUAAGCUUGCAAGAUUCACUUCUUAUGAUUUCAGAAUCUGAUGAAUUCAAGGAUAUUCGAGUCAAGCUGGCAGAUAAGAAGCUUUUCAAGGAUAUCAACAGUAGUCCUUUGAUUCUAAAUCCUAUUAAAGAUAACAAGAUCGAGAAAUUUCAUGACAAAGUUUUUUUGCUAAUCCAAUUUGAAUUAGGUGGUGUGGAAUAUCCGAUGUAUCAAGGCUCUAUGAAGCUGCACCAUGAAUUCAUUUCUGAAAAACUUCUGAUUUUCAAAAGUUUACCUAGAAUUUUAAAAGCAGCUGUGGAAGUCUUUUCUCAUAGAAAGGAUGCUAUAUCUUUAGCUUCGAUAUUGAAGCUAACCAGAUGUAUCUAUGCUAAAAGCUGGGAAAAUUCUUUUUUAGUUUUGAGACAGGUUGACGGUAUUGGGUUGACUUAUGCUAAAAAGUUGGAGAGCCGUGGUAUUACAGAUAUAGAUCAAUUGAAAAGUUUGACAGGGGACAAGCUUGAAUACUAUCUUGGAAUAAAGGCGGGGGCCGGCCAAAAGAUUGCUAAGAGCAUUGCCAGUAUACCAGAGCUAAGUCUACGAGUAGAAAAUAUUAAAUGUGAAAGUUCAGGGACUGUACAAUUUGAUGUAGCUGUUGAUUUGUUUAACACAGAGGACAAUAUCUCGUACAUUUGGAAUGGCUCAUUUGCUCAUAUAAAUGUUUUGACUAACGUUUCUGGGAGAGUAUGGGAUUUUCGGAGGCUACCAUUGAAAAAGUUGGUAGGGGGAGAAAAAUACAAUUUAAAAGUUGACCUAGGAUAUAAAUCGGAUUACAUUAAAGUAUAUCUUAAUUGUGACGAGAUUGCAGGACUAGGAAAAACUGUAGAAUUGGAUACCUUUUCUGCCACCGAAUGUCUUGGCACAAGACCAUCUAGUAGAAAAAAGGGACAAUCUUUUGAUUUCGACGAUGAUGAUGAAGUUCUGAGAGCAAUUUUUGGAAAUAAUAGCAUCGAAGAGAAUAGCAAAAAGAAACUGGUAGAUAUGGGUGUAACCAGGACACCUCAAAUGGAAUUUGCCGAUUCAUCAGAUGCCUCGUUCUCCACAGUAUCGACUAGUACUGAUUCCAGCUUUACUGAAUGUAACCACAGAUGCUCUGAUAAAAGUACAUGUCGUCACAUUUGUUGCAAACAUGGAAUACCCAAACAGAAAAUUAAGCUGUGCAAGCAUGUUUGCAAAGACAAGAGCAAAUGUAGGCAUAUGUGUUGUAGAGACCAGUUUGAUUACGAAACUAGGCGUAAAAGCAAAAUAGAAAGAAAAAGAAUGAGACAAAAUACGUUUGAUUUUGCUCAAUGUGCUACUCCCAAUAAGUCAUUUACUUCAGUCGUUAUCACAGAGAAUAUUAUAGGUAAAGCAGAUGACUUAAGUGAUGGCAACCCUCUAAACUGCGAACCUACUGCUAGUAACAACAAAGGUGUGCCAUUAGUGAAAGACUGUCCUACAAAAAUGCCUGUCUUUUUGAAAAAAGUUAGCAAGCCUUCGCCGGUACGUACAGAGGAACCAACUAGCACAAAGGCUUUAAAAGAUGAUAAUUCAGAGCUUGGUACAGAAUCCAAAUACGGUAAACUUAAAACUUCUAGAUUUUUCAAAACUUCGAUAAGGGAUUCGGGGAUGAAGCGCAACAGGGGGUUACUAGAUAUGUCAGAUUCAGAUGAGUUUAGUGAUACUUUUGAUUCAGCACUAGAUAAGGCACUCAAACGUCAUAAAAGAGUGAAGCCAAUACCAAAAAAAGAUUCUUCAAAAAAACGUGACGAGGCAGUUUUCUCAAAGACCACAAGAGCAGCAGAUAUGAUAAUCCUGAGUAAUUCAGACUUGCCUAAACUUCAAAAAGUUUACGAAUCCGGCAAUUCUAGUCAGUUGGAUUCUGCAGAGGAUAUUAUCAUAGUGAAUCAAACUUUACCCAAAGUAAUCCCUGUUCGGAAAUUAUAUCCGCUUUCAAGUAGUCAUGACUCCAAAAAUAAUCAAGUAACACAUUAUGCAGAUCACGGCGGAGGAGAUGCUGAAGAUACUAAUACCGGUUGCAGUGGAGAGGACACAACUGCAAUGACCUCAGUCAUGGAAGAAGCAGUAAACAAGGAGAUAUUUGGGUUUUUGGACUCUGACAUUGAGUUUGAUUCGUGA